AUGACCGAAGAUAAUUCAAUAUCAUACGAUGAUAAUUUAGAUUCCGAUUUAGAAUCGACAUCAAGUAAUGAAACAACACCAACAAAUGGACCAAAAGCUCGUAAUGUUGUGCUUGAUUUAUUAGAUAAUGAUACAGAAUCUGAAUCAUCGAUUGCCGAGCCAGUGAAUAUUGAUAAACAUGAAACAUUGUUGUGUGCUGCGCGUAAUGGCAUUGUUGAUUUGGCUCAACAAUUGAUUAAUGCACGUGAAAUACAUAAUAUAUCCUUAGAUUUAGAUUGUAAAGGUAAAACCAAGCGAAAUUUAGGAUGGACACCGUUACAAUUAGCCUCAUAUUUUGGUCAUUACGAUAUGGUCAAAGUUUUAUUAGAUAAUGGGGCCAACGUUAAUUGUGUAAAUCGAGAUGGUGACACAGCUUUACAUAAAGCUGCCUUUAUUGGAAAUACAGAUCUGGUUGUAUUACUCAUUCAGCAUAAUGCUGACGUCAAUAUUAUAAAUGGUGAAGGUAGAACGCCACGUGAUGUGGCGAAAACACGUGAAAUAGCCGAUAUGAUAUUGGCUGCUGAACUUGCAGAAAAAAUUAAUAAGGAAACGCAAUUGUUAGAUGCAGCCAAAGAAGGAAAUUUGUUAUUACUUAAUCAAUUGUUAAAGGAAGAAAAUCCGCCGAAUAUAAAUAGUGUUGACGCACAGGGUAAUACGUGUUUACAUUGCGCAGCAUAUCGAGGCCAUAAAGAAGUGGCUGUUUUACUAUUACAAAAUGGAAUUGACACAACUAUUAAAAAUAAUAGAGGUCAAACCGCACAAGAUUUAGCACGUGAUCAACAAAUGCAACAAGUACUUAGUGUCAAACCUAUCCAACAAUUACAAAAAAUGGCAACUCGUUUCGAAGGUCAAUUAUUAAAACUAUCCAGAUUUCUCGGUUGGAAAUUAGUUUGGGUGGUUUUAGAACGUGGUGUUUUAACAUAUUUUAACAAUCGUGCAGACGCAAGUUCUGGCGUAAAACGUAAAGAUUUUAAAUAUUUAGAUGGAGCUCGAAUCACUCCAUUAGUUACCGAUUCCGCAUCGUUUCUAGUCCAAUUUAGUGAUAGUACUAUUCAUAAGUUAAGUGUUGUAAACGAUGGACAAGUGUCUGGCCAAAUUAGUAGACAAAAAUGGGUGAAUGCAUUAAACGAACACGCCGAAUUUAGUAGUCAUUAUAUUAAUGCUGGUGUAUGGUUAGAUACAACCGAAAAUGUAAGUCCCGAUGAUGCUCCAGUUAUACGUCCAUUAGGCUCAAUGCAAGAUACAUUGCAUACAGCAACUGCUCAUUUAUCAUUAUUAGAAACUCAAGUGCGUGAGACUGAAUCAAUUGUAGAUGCGCUUGAACAAAUUUGCCCAUCUACGGGUGGUCUUCCUGGAGCAGCUGUUAUGCGAUUUCAACACGUAUGUCAAACUGCAAAUCAAAUGGUAUCAGCAUUAACACACUGUCUAAGCCUGUUGGAGCAACAAGAAGAUAUCCGAGAAGCGCGUCUUCGUACCGAAUGUGAUAAACGUCGAUUACUCGAAGAAUCUCUUCUACUAUUAGCUCGUCAACAUCACGCUUUAGAAUUGAGUGUAACUAGUAACACGGAGAAUGGACAUAAUUUCGCGCCGGAUAAUAAUAAUCAACAAUUGUAUGCGUUAUACGAUCAUAGCAUAUCCGAGGAUCAAUUCUAUGAUGCAUUUGAAGUUGAUUCUGAUGGUGAAACCACAAUGAUGACAGCAAAACAGCCACAAUCGCCACAAUCGGAUACCGAUACGUUAGUUGGAAUCUCAUCGCCGGCAUCUAGUUGUAGUACGUUCAUGUCCUCUGGUGGCCAUAUUUAUCGUUGCGCCAGAGAUUUUCCUCCGCCAUCCAGAUAUACAUCCAAAAGUCACAGAUCCACGUUACCUGUUCCUAUGAUCAACAGAAAUGAUUUCAGUACAUGGUCCGUAUUAAAAAAUUGUAUUGGUAAAGAAUUAAGUAAAAUUACAAUGCCAGUGAUAUUUAACGAACCGUUAAGUUUCCUUCAACGUAUGGUUGAAUAUAUGGAAUAUGCUGAUUUGUUACGUGUCGCCGCCGAACAAAGUGAUCCAUUGGAACGUAUUAAAUAUGUGGCUGCAUUUGCUGUUAGUGCACUAGCAUCAAAUUGGGAACGUUUGGGCAAACCAUUUAAUCCAUUAUUAGGUGAAACGUAUGAAUUAGAACGAGAAAAUUUUCGUAUUGUAUGCGAACAAGUCAGUCAUCAUCCACCAAUAUCUGCAUUUCAUGCUGAUAGCAAAGAUUGGGUCUUUCAUGGAUCUGUUCACCCAAAAUUGAAAUUUUGGGGUAAAAGUGUUGAAAUUCAGCCUAAAGGCGUUGUUACUGUUGAAUUUCCAAAAUGGGAAGAGGCCUUUACAUGGUCAAAUGUUAAUUGUUGUGUGCAUAAUAUAAUUGUUGGAAGACUUUGGAUGGAACAAUAUGGAACUAUGGAAAUAGUUAGUUCCAAUCCAAAUGGUUACAAAGCUACUCUUACAUUUAAACCAGCUGGUUGGCAAUCCAAAGAUUUACAUCGAAUUGAAGGUUAUAUCACAGAUAAAUCAAAGAAGAAAUUAUACUUUUUAUAUGGAAAAUGGACCGAUUUUAUCAAAUGUACGGAUAUGACGUCAUAUGAUGAAUAUUUACGUGAUAAUGCACAUAAAUUUAGUUUGUACAGCAAAAAGGGUGAAAGCAGUGAUGGUCGAAGUAAAAGUCCUAACGAUUCACCGUCAAAUACACCACGUAAAGUACUUCAGAAGUUGAAUAGUUUAAAAGUUGGGCCAUUUAAAUCAAAUUCAGUGCAACAGGAGAGUGUUGAUGAAAGCACAAUUCCUGAACCUACGGAUUGUGAUGUUCCAAAAAGCGAUUCCACAUACUCAAUUGACAUUCCAAAUUCUGUAACGCUGUGGCAAUGUACACCGAGGCCAUCUCACAGUAGCGAAUAUUAUCAGUUUACAAACUUUGCGAUGUCCCUAAAUGAAAUGGAAGAAGGUAUGAAUAAAUCAUUAUGCCCUACAGAUUCAAGAUUACGUCCAGAUAUACGUAAACUUGAGCAUGGUGAUAUUGAUGGCGCUGCUAAUGAAAAAUCACGUUUAGAAGAAAAACAACGUGAUGCCAAGAAAAACCGGAAAGGUAAAAAGAGCGAUGACCAUACAGCAAGAUGGUUUUGUCAAGGUCCUAAUCCAUACACAAAACAAGAAGAUUGGUUAUAUCUUGGUGAAUACUGGAACAGAAAUUAUGUUGACAUUCCAGAUAUCUUUUAAUAAUUACUGAAAACCCAGAAAAAUAACAAUAAUUAAUUAUAACAAUAAUUAAUAAAUCCAUUUUAAUUAAAUUAAAACAAAAACAUAUAUUUAGAGAAAAGUCAUUUUGGCCUUGUCAAAUCAAAAAAUUCAAAAAAAAAAAAACAAUUUGUCGCAAGUGUGUCAUCCAUUAAAGAUUAGACGACUCAAAAAUAAUAUAGUCUCAAUUUUAGAAGUUAUUGUUGGAUUGAGCAGUUCUGAUUCGAGGAUUGAAUCAUUUGAUUCAGUUCAUACAAAAUAAGUAUUUUAUUUGAUUCAUGUUCAUCGAUUCAUGAUUCGAUGAAAAUUAAUAUCUUAGUUGAAAAAAUACAAAAAUCUCGUUAAAUUAAACUUCAAUUUUCGUAAUUUUUAAAGCUUUUUACCAAAGGUCAACAUGAUGCCUACCUUCCGAGAUAAUUUAACAAAUCAAUUAAUAAAAAAACAAUAAAUUUAUCCAAUUACAGAGCACAAAUUUCAAGUUUUUGGUGCUUUCAAUUUGGUCAAGAAGGCAAUGACUCAUAAAAAUAUACAGCGGAUGAUUUUAAAAGCUAUCAUAAAAUGAUCUUUUUCCUUACUGUAAGAUCCACGUUCUCGGCAAAUAUUCUAAUUAUGAUAAGGAAUUUUUUUUUUUUUAUGAAUGUAAAUCAAAUGAAUCGAUUCGUGAAUCAGAAUUGUUGAGUCUAACACUAAAUUAGAAAAGAAUUAUAUAUAUUAUAUAAUAGAGAGUGAAUUAAUUAUUAUUAAAGAUUAGUUUUUACUC